AUGCCAAUUCCGAUCCCCAGACAGCCAACAGCACUAUGCCAAUUCCGAUCCCCAGACAGCCAACAGCACUAUGCCAAUUCCGAUCCCCAGACAGCCAACAGCACUAUGCCAAUUCCGAUCCCCAGACAGCCAACAGCACUAUGCCAAUUCCGAUCCCCAGACAGCCAACAGCACUAUGCCAAUUCCGAUCCCCAGACAGCCAACAGCACUAUGCCAAUUCCGAUCCCCAGACAGCCAGCAGCACUAUGCCAAUUCCGAUCCCCAGACAGCCAACAGCAAUAUGCCAAUUCCGAUCCCCAGACAGCCAACAGCAAUAUGCCAAUUCCGAUCCCCAGACAGCAACAGCACUAUGCCAAUUCCGAUCCCCAGACAGCCAGCAGCACUAUGCCAAUUCCGAUCCCCAGACAGCCAACAGCAAUAUGCCAAUUCCGAUCCCCAGACAGCCAACAGCAAUAUGCCAAUUCCGAUCCCCAGACAGCCAACAGCACUAUGCCAAUUCCGAUCCCCAGACAGCCAACAGCACUAUGCCAAUUCCGAUCCCCAGACAGCCAACAGCACUAUGCCAAUUCUGAUCCCCAGACAGCCAACAGCACUAUGCCAAUUCCGAUCCCCAGACAGCCAACAGCACUAUGCCAAUUCCGAUCCCCAGACAGCCAACAGCACUAUGCCAAUUCCGAUCCCCAGACAGCCAACAGCACUAUGCCAAUUCCGAUCCCCAGACAGCCAACACAGCACUAUGCCAAUUCCGAUCCCCAGACAGCCAGCAGCACUAUGCCAAUUCCGAUCCCCAGACAGCCAACAGCACUAUGCCAAUUCCGAUCCCCAGACAGCCAGCAGCACUAUGCCAAUUCCGAUCCCCAGACAGCCAACAGCAAUAUGCCAAUUCCGAUCCCCAGACAGCCAACAGCAAUAUGCCAAUUCCGAUCCCCAGACAGCCAACAGCACUAUGCCAAUUCCGAUUUUCCACACAGUCACUGA